CGCUUGCCGGCCGUGGCCUGGGACGCGCGGGCGGGCGGGAUGGCGCGGCUCCGGGGCCGGUAGCGCGGCAGCCGGCACCGGGGGAAAGCCAUGGCCCGGCGGCGACGCCGCGCCUGCAUCGCCCUCUUCCUGGUGCUGCUCUUCGCCUUCGGCACGCUGAUGGGGCUGCGCACGCUCAAGGCACCGGACGGGCUGCCCGCACUGGGCCCGGGCCCGGAGCUAGCGCCCUUCGAGCGGCGUCCGGAAGGGAAUCCCGCGCCCGCCCGCGCCCCGGCCGCCCCCGCCGCCCCUCCGCCGCCGCCUCCGCCGCGCACAGCCGCCCCCCGCGCCUCGCUGGGCCCAGCCGAGGCCGAUCCCGCGCCCCGGCAGAGCCUGCGCGUCUACUCCGACCUGCACGCCUUCUAUUACUCAUGGUACGGCAGUCCGCGGCGCGAGGGCCACUACAUUCACUGGGACCACGUCAUGGUGCCGCACUGGGACCCCAAGAUCUCGGCCAGCUACCCGCGUGGCCGCCACAGCCCUCCAGACGACUUGGGCUCCAGCUUCUACCCGGAGCUGGGGCCCUACAGCUCACGGGACCCCGAUGUGCUACGAGAGCACAUGACCCAGCUUAAAGAAGCCGCCAUCGGAGUCUUGGUUCUUUCCUGGUACCCACCUGGCAUGGCUGAUGAUAACGGGGAGCCCUCAGAUGAUCUGGUCCCUGCCAUUCUGGACACUGCCCAUCAGUACAACAUCCAGGUGGCCUUCCAUAUCCAACCUUACAAGGGCCGGGAUGACAUCACUGUCCAUGACAACAUCAAGUACAUCAUUGACACGUACGGCUCCCAUGGUGCAUUUUACCGUUAUAAGAACAGCAUGGGCAAGAGCCUCCCACUCUUUUAUGUCUACGACUCCUAUCUGACAUCCCCUGAGGCCUGGGCCCACCUCCUGACACAAAACGGGCCCCACUCGAUCCGCAACACUCCCUAUGACGGGGUCUUUAUAGCGCUGCUGGUGGAGGAGGGCCACACCCAUGAUAUCCUUGCAGCAGGAUUCGAUGGAAUGUACACCUACUUUGCCUCCAAUGGCUUCUCCUUUGGCUCCUCCCAUCAGAACUGGAAAGCUGUGAAGAACUUCUGUGAUACCAACAACCUGAUGUUCAUCCCUAGUGUGGGGCCUGGGUACAUUGACACCAGCAUCCGGCCCUGGAACAACCACAAUACUCGGAACAGGGUCAACGGCAAGUACUAUGAGACAGCCCUGCAGGCGGCCCUGACUGUGAGGCCUGAGAUCGUCUCCAUUACCUCUUUCAAUGAGUGGCAUGAGGGCACGCAGAUCGAGAAGGCUGUUCCCAAGAAGACGCCAACUCGCCUCUAUUUGGACUACUUGCCUCACCAGCCCGGCCUGUAUCUAGAGCUGACCCGCCGCUGGGCAGAGCACUUCGUCAAGGAAAAGGAGCAGUGGCUGAUGUGAGGGGCAGUACUCAAACCUCAUUAGGUCACCAAGCUGGUUCAGCUGAGGAUAUAGGCACACACUAGUCCCAAGUAGCAACUGGGUGCUUGUGGGUGGGCCAACUAACUCAUGUAGAACAGAGCCUGGCCCUUGGACUGGUGGUGCUGGGGUGAUGAAGCAAGGCUUGAUGGAGGAGGCUGGCAGGAGGCUGCACACGGCUCAGGGCAGCUCCACAUCCUUUAGCUUGCAGCUGCGGCAGGCUAUGUAGUGGAGUUGCCAGCCACUGUGCUUAAAAGGGUCUCAGGGUUCUGAGCUAGCAUGCACCUUACUUCCUUUGGACAGCCUACAAAUCCUCAGGCACCUUCCCACAUCUUCUUGCUGAAUACAGGGAACUGUAUUCGGCACUUCUACAAGGGGACUUUGUUUAAGGUCCUUCCAGGAGAUGCCUGCCCCAUUAUCAGGAAAUACUGCGCAUCCACACUCUUACUAAGCACCUUCCUUACUGUCGGGUACUGGGGCAUGUGGUCAAGGCUCCUCCUGAGGCUUACGGGAUCUUGCUUUGGUGUAGCCAUGGAGCUGGCACCUUGGCUGUUCUGCCCUUCUUUGCAGCUACACCCAGGCCUGGUGUUCAGCUAUUUUCCUCCAAGAAAAUACCUCUGUGCUCCAGAGCCUUUCCCAGAUGAACAGAGCUGCAGAGGACCAGGUCACUCCCCCUUCAGCUGUCUAGGCUGGGGAGGCCACCCACUAGGGCCACUUUCAGGGCUACUGUGAUUUGUAUUAAAUAGAAGUAUUUGCCAGUACACAUUCCUCUUGCAGCCCUCAUAACUGCUGACCUCUAGGUCAGUCUGUGACAAAUUAGUGUAUGGCUGGGCUGGCUACUUUUAGCACAAUGGAGAUGGGUUUGCUUAAAUGAUGAUGGGUUUGCUUUAUGUAAGAUUUCUAGAGGGACGUUAACAAGCCAGUACUUAUUUAUAAACAAACUAAUGCUAAUUGCAAGGAUCCUUGUUAAAGUAAGACCAAUGGAACAUUUUUCAGCAAGAUUCUCAAAACACACUUGAAAAUGUUCACCGGAACCACUACUGGUUUACAGGCUAAGGCUGAGCCACGACUCUGGAAAAUGGUAGCAAGUGGGGGAGGAUGAGGUGGAAUACAAGUCAUUUCAAGGACAACCAGCCCACUGACCGACUAAACCCUGCCUGACAGAUGAGCAGGGCUGGCCACCCAGCCUGUAGCUUAGUUGGGAGGGCUGGAUCUAAGCAGCGCUAAUUUCAUCUCCUGCACACAGAGCUUGGAUGCAGCAAGGCCAACAGGAAGGAACAGGCAUCCUCAAAGAGACUUGACUCAGCUCUUCUGAAGGCUAAUCUACAUCAACAGCCAUAAUGCACAUAUACACCUUGACCUAAAAUCCUACCCUAAGGAAAUAGCUCAAAAGAAAAAUAAACCAUUGACAACUGUU